UUAUAUAAAAGCAAGGCAACAAGCAAACUCACAGGACGUUUUCCAACGGGGAAGAGGUGGAGUGAUUCUGCAACCUCUCUCAGCAAGCAGCAUGGAGAAGUCCAGGAAGGCCUUUGUUGGUAUCCUCCUGUUUACGGUGUCUGUGGAAAUCUGCUUGGCUCAACACUGGUCUUAUGGCCUGCAACCAGGAGGAAAAAGGGACGCGGACAAUCUGGGAGAAGCGCUUCAAGAGAUUGCAAAUGACGUGGAAAAAUUAGGGGAAGUGCAGAAGACGGAAUGCCCUGGCUCGUAUCAGCGUCCCAGAUUCAGUGAUCUGAAGGAAGCCAUGGCAAGUCUGAUUGAAGGAGAAGCCAGACGAAAGAAGAUUUAAACCCACAAAGCCAAAGGAACAACGGACCCAGAAUAAAAUUUCAAAGCAACGUUAAAACCA